AUGGAUCUGCUUCGCGAUAGCUCGCUGGGACAGCUUGUCCGUUUUGCUACUGGCAACCGAUGCCUCUUGUAUCCCGAAGAGCGAGCGGGCUUCGCGCAUCCGUGUACCGAGGAGAAAGUCUCCGCAUUCAGUGGUCUGGUACAUGUACCUAGAUCCCAAAGUGAGCAUCAAGGGCUGGUGCCAGGUCCUGGAAGCAAGUACGAACGGCCAAACUCGCAAGCGCUUACACCUCAAGGUGGCCCUGUCAAUGAAGGGCGGCGGUCGGAUGGAAAGAACAUAUUCCUUGUGGAUUGGUACGAUGAGAGGGAUGUCGAAAAUCCUCAGAACUGGAGUUCCUUCAAAAAGUCCAUCGUGACAGCCGUGCUAUGGCUGUAUACGUUUACAGUGUAUUGCGCCUCUGCCAUUUACACACCAAGCGUGGACGGCGUGAUGGAGGAGUACAAUCUUGACCAUACACUCUCCACCCUGGGCCUCUCGCUCUAUAUACUUGGGUACGGCGUUGGUCCUCUCAUCUUUUCGCCAAUAUCUGAGAUCCCUCGAAUUGGAAAGAACGCGCCCUACAUGAUCACUUUAUUUCUCUAUGUCCUGAUGGCCGUGCCGACUGCUCUCACCCGGAGCUUUCCUGCUUUCCUUGUCCUGCGAUUUCUAACAGGCUUUUUGGGUUCCCCAUGCCUCGCCACGGGGGGCGCGACACUCCAGGAUAUGUACUCGUGGUCGAAACUGCCUUAUGGUUACACGGCGUGGGUAGGCGCUACAUUCUGCGCGCCGGCAUUAGGUCCUAUCAUCUCUGGCUUUGCAGUUGCUGCCCGCGGCGAUUGGCGCUUGUCCUUAUGGGAGAUCUUAUGGAUGGCUCUCCUUACAUUUGUGGUCAUGUUUGUCGCCUUCCCAGAGACAUCUGCCUCCACAAUUCUGUUACGUCGGGCCCAACGAGUCCGCAAGGUGUUCAAAGACCAGCGAUAUGUCUCUCAGUCCGAAAUCGACGAAGCUAGUCUAUCCCCACGCCAUAUUGUCGCGCACGCUUUGAUGCGGCCCCUACAAAUCACGAUAUUAGACCCCGCCGUGUUUUUCACCAAUCUCUAUAGCUCAUAUAGCUACGGUGUCUACUACAGCUUCUUUGAGGCUUUCCCGCUUGUCUAUACAGAUAUGUAUGGAUUCGAUCUCGGCCUGACGGGUACCGCCUUUUUAUCGAUCGUUGUUGCGUGUUUAGCCGGGACUUUAAUAUAUUUGAUUUACGUCUACUGGCAUUGGGAACCUCGAGUCAAGAAGAACGGACUUAGUCCCCCAGAGCAGUGUCUCAUCCCGGCGAUAUUCGCCUCUUUUCUACAACCAAUAGGGCUAUUCCUAUUUGCCUGGUCAAGCCGGCAAAGUAUUCACUGGGUUGUUUCCAUGGCUGGCGUCGCACUGUUCAGCACAGGUGGCUUUAUCCUCUUCCAAGGGAUUUUCACGUAUCUUCCGCUGUCUUAUCCCCGGUAUGCGGCAAGCCUUUUCGCGGCCAAUGACUUCUUCCGAUCGGCUUGGGCUGCUGGCGCGGUAAUCUAUGCUCGGCCGCUCUUCGACCGGCUUGGGAUUGCUGGAGGUGUUUCACUAUUGGGUGGUCUUUCUUGUGGAGGGGUCGUAGGGGUAUCCGCACUUUAUGUGUAUGGGGCCAGAUUGAGAUUGAGGUCAAAGUUUGCGGAGACUUAA